AUGUCGUAUGGUUUUUUGAAGCUAAAUUUGGGGUGGGGUGACCUCUUACUGGUCAUCCCCACACCCCUACUGUUCUUAGUUCUUAGCCGCUUCCUACCUCCUCGCCCGGAUCUUCCCAUGCGAGGAAGUUUCGGGGAAGAGGUACCGGCAGGCGGGGAACUGCCAGAUACCUGCUUAACGGCUAGAACCGUCCCCGAAGCCCUACGAAAAGUCCAGCAGGAGUGCGUCGGGGUGCACCAGCAUUGCCCCGAACCUUUAUCUGAGAUGCUCUCUCAGACAAUGGGUACUCCGGCGGGUGAGGCACCUUCUACAUGGGAAGUAGAAAUUUCCGGCGUGGUGGGCCAUAACCCGAUAGUGGGUAUGGCCCGUGACGUAGAGGCCACAGGUACCGUUAAAAACGGCUGGCGCGAUUUGAAAUAG